UCCUUCCCUGCCCCUCUCACCCACACCCCGAGGAACUGCCCGAACUCUGAAGACCCCCAGGCCGUGGCUGGACAGGGGCCAGGACCCUGAGAGGCUGCAUCAGGGCCCCCCAGAGCGGACAAUGCCUCUCCAGAUAUUCUGCACCAUCUCCUUCUCCAGCGAGGAAGGGCCAGAAGACACCACAGCACCCGGGGAGGGGGAAGACGGAGCAGACGAGUUCCUGUACGGGCAGGAGGAGGACGAAGAGGAGGAGGAGGAGGAGGAGGAGGAGGCAGAGGAGGGGGCGAGGGCAGCCACGGGCUUGGUGGCCUUUGCCAGCAGCUGCACCUUGCACGGGCUGAGCCACAUCUUCGUGGAGGGCAGCCUGGGCGCCCGGCAGGCUCUCUGGGCUCUGGCCUUCCUGCUCUCCCUCUCCGCCUUCCUCUACCAGGUGGCCGACCGCAUCGCCUACUACCUGGAGUACCACCACGUCACGCUGCUCAGCGAGGAGGAGAGCCCCGAGAUGACCUUCCCCGCCGUCACCUUCUGCAACAUCAACCGCGUGCGGGUCUCGCAGCUCAGCCGCCAGGACCUGCUCUACCUGGCCCCGCUGGUCGACUACGAGCCCGGCAGGGAGCUGGGCUUCACCCCGGCCCGGUCCGGCCCCUGGGAGGAGUGGGGGGGGGAGGAGGAGGAGGAGGACGAGCCCCUCAAUCUGUUGGGGUUUUUUAACCGCACUUGCCACCAGCUGGAGGACAUGCUGCUCAGCUGCCGCUACCGCGGCCGGCGCUGCGGCCCCGCUGACUUCGCGCCGGUCUUCACCCGCUAUGGGAAGUGCUACACCUUCAACGCGGGGCAGGACGGGAAGCCCCGGCUCAUCACCAUGAAGGGGGGCACUGGCAACGGCCUGGAGAUCAUGCUGGACAUUCAGCAGGACGAGUAUCUGCCAGUGUGGGGGGAAACAGACGAGACCUCGUUCGAAGCCGGGAUCAAGGUGCAGAUCCACAGCCAGGACGAGCCCCCCCUGAUCGACCAGCUGGGCUUCGGGGUGGCCCCCGGCUUCCAGACCUUCGUGUCCUGCCAGGAGCAGCGGCUCAUCUACCUUCCCCCUCCCUGGGGCGACUGCAAGGCCGUGGCGGGCGACCUGGAGUUCUACGACACCUACAGCAUCACGGCGUGUCGGAUCGACUGCGAGACGCGGUACCUGGUGGAGAACUGCAACUGCCGCAUGGUCCACAUGCCAGGCGACGCCCCUUAUUGCACCCCAGAGCAGUACAAGGAGUGCGCGGACCCCGCCCUAGAUUUCCUGGUGGAGAAGGACAACGAGUACUGCAUCUGUGAGAUGCCCUGCAACAUGACCCGCUACGGCAAAGAGCUCUCCAUGGUCAAGAUCCCCAGCAAGGCCUCGGCCAAGUACCUGGCCAAGAAGUACAACAAGUCGGAGCAGUACAUCGGGGAGAACAUCCUGGUGCUGGACAUCUUCUUCGAAGCCCUGAACUACGAGACGAUCGAGCAGAAGAAGGCCUACGAGGUGGCGGGUUUGCUGGGUGACAUUGGGGGGCAGAUGGGGCUGUUCAUCGGGGCCAGCAUCCUCACAGUGCUGGAGCUGUUCGACUACGCCUACGAGGUGAUCAAGCACCGGCUGUGCCGGAGGGGCAAGUGCCGCAAGAACCACAAGAGGAACAACACGGACAAGGGCGUCGCGCUGAGCAUGGACGACGUGAAGCGCCACAACCCCUGUGAAAGCAUACGGGGGCACCCGGCAGGGAUGACGUACGCAGCCAACAUCCUACCUCACCACCCGGCCCGGGGCACCUUCGAGGACUUCACCUGCUGACCGACCGCCUGGAUGUACAGCCUGAGCUACCAAAGCCCCCGCGCGGGCAGAGCCGCCCUC